CAAAAAGCGACGAUACUGGGAGAGGGGAGAGAGAGCGCAAUAGGGAGGGGAGUUUAAACUAAGUGCUAUGUUUUGGGACAGCUAAUCUGCUAGCGAGCAGUUUGAGGAUCGGAGCGUAUUGUGUGAGCCAGUGUGCGGGGGAAAGAUAAGGCAGCACGCCAGCCCGCCAAGCCGACCUACAGACUUCCCAUUUUAAUGUGCUGACUCCUGGGAGAUUUAAAGAAAAAAAAAAAGAAGAAGAAAGAGAAAUAUUGACUCAAGACGUGUGCGGGGGAUCCUGGACAGAAACAUUAUUGCAGCGACAGCCAGCGGGGCGCAUCUGAAAGACAGGAGAGAGUUUUAAAAAAAAGAGAGAGAGGAAAAUAAAGGACUAAAAGUGACACUUCCGUAUUUUUUCAGCUUGUUUUUUUUUUUUUAUUACUUGAUUUUUUUUUUCCUUAUUUUUUUCUGUCUGGGACUGACUACUCCCAUCGUUAGCAAAGAAAAGGGGAGGAAAGAACUGAGGAGAAACUGACACUUAAAGGACAGAAAAAAAAAACACUGAAUUUGAACAUGUUUGAAAUAAGCCGAACACUCAACGCUGCUUUGCUGAGCAAUGAGCAUCUCAAGAUGAUGGCGAGGUACGGGCAGCUCUCGGGGCUAGCAGCCAGUGGUGUGGGCUCCGUCCCCGAGUCGCACUCGCCGCUAUUUCCCAGGGAUCUCCCGUCAUCGCCCGCCCAGACGGGCUACAGGUCAUCCCUGGGGUCGACAGAGACACAGUGGCGUCAGGCAGAGCUCCCGCAGCUCCAAGGCUGGGCAGAGAAGGGAUUGCUGACGCAGCCAAAGAUGAUUAUCAGUAACAUGGAGGCUCCGGUGACAAACGGACCAAGUGGCGGAGGCACCACAGCCAACGGACCAACCACUAACAGUCGCGGUUGCCCCUCGCCCAUGCAGACGGGGCCCACAAACGACGACAGCAAGACCAACCUCAUCGUCAACUACCUGCCACAGAACAUGACCCAGGAGGAGUUCCGCAGCCUUUUCGGGAGCAUCGGCGAGAUCGAAUCCUGCAAACUGGUCCGGGACAAGAUCACAGGUCAAAGUCUAGGCUACGGCUUUGUCAACUACAUCGAUCCAAAGGAUGCCGAGAAAGCCAUCAACACGUUAAAUGGACUGCGACUUCAGACCAAAACGAUCAAGGUCUCGUAUGCGCGACCCAGCUCGGCUUCGAUCCGUGAUGCCAACCUCUACGUGAGCGGCCUGCCCAAGACCAUGACCCAGAAGGAGCUGGAGCAGCUUUUCUCGCAGUACGGACGCAUCAUCACCUCUCGCAUCCUUGUCGACCAGGUCACAGGCGGCUCCCGAGGCGUGGGCUUCAUCCGCUUUGAUAAGAGGAUAGAAGCCGAGGAGGCCAUCAAAGGCCUCAACGGACAGAAGCCAUCGGGCGCGGCCGAGCCCAUCACGGUCAAGUUCGCCAACAACCCGAGCCAGAAGACCAGCCAGGCCCUCCUCUCGCAACUCUACCAGUCCCCCAACCGCCGAUACCCGGGGCCCCUCCACCACCAGGCUCAGAGGUUCAGGCUGGACAAUUUGCUUAAUAUGGCCUAUGGCGUAAAGAGGUUUUCGCCGAUCACCAUCGACAGCAUGACCAGCUUGGUGGGCAUGAACAUCCCCGGGCACACCGGCACAGGUUGGUGCAUCUUCGUCUACAACCUGUCCCCCGACUCGGACGAGAGCGUGCUGUGGCAGCUCUUCGGGCCGUUCGGCGCCGUCAACAACGUCAAGGUGAUCCGCGACUUCAACACCAACAAGUGCAAAGGCUUCGGCUUCGUCACCAUGACAAAUUACGACGAGGCGGCCAUGGCCAUCGCCAGCCUCAACGGUUACAGGUUGGGCGACCGCGUCCUGCAAGUCUCUUUCAAGACUAACAAGACCCACAAGUCCUGAACUCCAACGAGGUAGAAUCAGUUGCCCCCCGCAGCGGCGUCCGCAGCUCUGUCUGCUCCAAAAUGACCCCCCCCCCGCCCCCCCGCCCCCAGACCCCAACCAUCCCACAUCUCCACCCUUCCCUUUAGCCCCUCCAAUCACCAACACCACCACCCUGCAGUCAAUCCAGCACAGCAAACUGGUACAUAACGCAACCCAUCCGACCCAAUUGAACUCGAAAUGGCUUAUAUCAUAACUUUUGGACCUAUAAGCCAACGUUGCCUAAGUAUUACAAAAAUGAAGAAAUGUUGACGCGUUUUGGGAAGCUCCUGAGAUAGCGCAGGCUUCUCGUUGUUGUAUAUUCUUUCUGUUCGUUCUGGUUGCAAAAAUGAGUGUUCUCUUCUGUGUAAACAGUAGCAAUUCUUUCCCCCCACCCCACCCCACCCCACCCAGACCCAGACCCAGACCCCCACCUUUAGAGAAGAGAAUAUCCUUUUUAGACCACUGUCUCGAUUCAGGAUUAGCUUUUCUUUUUUGUAUAUCCGGAUCCACUGUCGUUAGUAUCCUGUACCUCCCGGUCACUCAAGGGAGGGGGCUCUUUUUUAGCAAUUGAUGAACCAUUCACUCAUUUAUAGUCGUAUUAAAAGGUCCCCUUAUUAAUUCCCGGCGGGAUUUCACACUCCCGCCGAUUCUGAUGUAAUAGAAGACUUAAAAAAAAAAAAAAAAAGAGAGAGACUUUCUAACAUUUUUUUGUUUUGUAUCGCAAACAAAACAUAUAAUGUCUUUGCUCACGGGGAGAUGGGGUGCGGGGGUGGGGGACGGGUUAGCUUUCCUGAUGACACAUUAAGUAAUUUAAGACAAAAAAAAAAAACAAAAAAAAUAACACUGUUGCCAAAGAGAAGAUCUCUUUGCUUGGAAGAAAAAAAAUGCAUUUAGAAAAAAAAGAGAAAAAUAAAUAGAAAGAAGCAUCUAUUUUUAUAAAUGAUCAUUAAAAUAAUAAUUAUUGAGAAAUUUUUACAAGAAUCUGGAUUUGAAAAAAGAAAAAUAUUUUGACUGGCUAACUGGGAAGGGGAGGGUCGGGGUGGGAGGGGGGCACCACCUUGUCUCGUCGUUCUGCCAUGGUACUUUCUAGGCUCACCGCUCGUUGUUUUCCGAGGAAGCCACGUUGGCGGCGGCGAUUUUCUAGACGGAAGGUUUUGUGAAAAAAAAAAAAAAAAAAGGGAAACCGAGGUGGGUGAUUUUGGUAAUUUUUCCACAUAUGUACUAGUGCAUAAUUCUUCAAUCCCCACAAGGGGGGGAGGGGAGGGAGCGGGGAACCAUCCUUUACCGACCGGAGCCCAAAGCAAGGAGACCCUUUGUCCGCUUCUUUUUUCCUGUUAACGUCGACAGUCCAUACGGGGUAUCAGUACUACGCAUAUAUGCACAUCUCUCCAUUUAGAAAGCAUAGCCGACGUGAUAUUUGUUUCCCCGUUGCUCCGCAUCCGUAUGCAAACUUCCUUUUAGCGAUCAACAGUAGGUGCUAUAUUCCAUUUAUUCAUCUGAAAUAUCCGACUUGCUUAUUCUCUGUGUUGCGACGUCGGCGUCGAAUUGCGCUUGUUUUGUUUAGCGUCGGCCCAAAAUAGUCUGGCGGGACUAUUUUUGUUGCGGGAAAAACCAGAUCAACACAUUUGGGUAGUGUUUAAAAAACAUUUAAAAAAAAAUUAUAAUAAAAAGAUUAUAUGAAAAGGGGAGGGAGGGGACACUGAACAAAAUUUUCAUUUAUUUAUUUUGCUUUGUUUGUUUUGGCUUGCUGACUUUUGCGUUUUCUUCCUGAGCGUGAAGCAUUUUGUCCAAAUUUAACAAUAAUUAGCUCUAGUUCCUUUAGUCUAGAUAUCCGCUUCCCGAAAAGCCGAUCUACGACUGCUAUCUUUCUUUGCUCUGUACAAAUAAGAUGAUCUAUCUAUAUAUAUAUAUAUCUAUAUAUACAUAGUCUACAUUUGUUUUACACUAUCUACUGUACUUAUCUGAGUUGUCGCUGUUCUUUAGUUGGAGCUCGUCUUUUUCAUAUGGCAAUUUAUUAUGAAGUGGGUGUUCAGUUACUUAGAAAAAAAAAAAAACUUGUGAGGAAACUGUUCAAUUGUCGUCAUGUUGCUUGUGGAGAAAAAAAAAAAAAAAACAAACAAAAAACAAAAAAGGUUUGGAUUAACUUUACGUUACCUACUGCGGCAAAAGAAACCGAACAAAAAGCUUUGAAUAUAAGUGUAUAUGGAUUUACUUCUGGAUUAUUUUUCGACUAUUUAUUUUUUUUUCUAAUUUAUUUCUAUUUAUUCUGUAUUUAUGAAGCGCUUAAUUUAUCUGUGUAUUUAUGUAUUUAUUUGUUUCAUUGUCUGUGUAUUUUUGCGUGAUUCUGGUACAGGGAGGGGGGGCGUUUCUGAGCAAAAGGGAACAAAGCGACUAGUGGAGAAGCUCUUCCAGUAGUCCACUGCACUGAGAGAACUUUUAGUACGUUUGUGCUUUGUACCGAUAUAUCAAAAUGACCAUUAUUAAAAAGAAAAUUGAAAAAAAAAAUCUAAAAGUCAGGAAAAGUAGAAAAAAAAAAAGUGUCUGGAGGGUCGGGGAACGCUCUUCCCUUAUUACUAGAAAACAGUUACUCGCUAUGCAUAACCUAGUUAUUAAUCGUUCAAUUUGCUCUUGCUUUUUUCUUGUCUUGUUCAAAAUGAAAUCUUUAGAUCUUUUCCAAUGAAAAUUUAGUCUUAAUAGAAUGUUAUAAACAGUCGUUCUGGUUCAAUAUAACCUGUGAUAAGUUUGUGUUGUUCUCUAAAGCCACUCCGUCCACACCCUCCCUCCACUUACUAUCGCUUUGUGAUGAAACUUUUAUGCAAAACCGUAUGUCUGGAAGCAUCCCGUUUUAUGUAUUUAUUGUGAGACUCGGCUCGCCGGGGGGGAGGGGGGGGGGGGGGAGGCUGGAGCGCGUGCCGGUGAGGGUCGACUCGAUUGGUUUCCGAAACUUCUUUUUCGAGCUCAAAUUGCAUACCGACAAAUGUUUAAAGAAAUAAAAUUUUAAAAAAAAUAAGAGAGACAGAGAGAGAGAGAGAGAAAAACUACUAUACUGAAGAAGUACUCUGGAGGGAUGAAAUGGGAUUGUACCAAUUCUAUAUUUUAUAUACUCUGAUAUGAUAUAUAUUAUAUAUUUUGAAAGGUAAAAGGUAGGGUUCCAGAUGUAUAGUUAUACAGAAUUGGCUUCUUUUGUUAUGAAACAUGAAGGAGGUGCGCACGUGUGUGUCCGUGUGUGUGUGUGUGUGUGUGUGUGUGUGUGUCUGUGUGUGUGUGUGUCGGAAUAGGGAGCGAAACACACGCACGCAUCUCAGUCAUGUGACAUCAUCGCCAUAUGCGCCAUCAUACACACACAAGCAGACCCCUUCAAGCCCCUCGAUGCCGUAACGGGCUUGCGGGGGGCUUGGACUUAUGCAACGACCCCAGCAGAAUGUUGUUCUGACGUGUCAACCAAUUUCUUACACUGUACGACCUCCUGCGGCGUGUGCCUGUGUGUUCCGUGUGUGUGUGCGCGCGUGUGUAUGUGUGUGUGUUGCUACACACCAAGCAGUCAAAAUAUGAUGACUUUGCACAAUCGAAUGAGAUCCAAUGCAAGAAAUGUAUCACCUAUUCUCCCUUAUUUAUGUUAUUGUGGUCAUUUGCAAUAUUUGUGUUACGUCAAUUAUUGCGCGACCCCCACAUCCCAAAAACAUGCAACAUUCGUUGUACACUCUAAAUUGCCCCUAGGUGUGAUUGUGAGUGCGAUUGCUGUUUGUCUCCACGUGCCCUGCGAUUGGCUGGUGACCGGUUCAGGGUGUACCCCGCCUCCUGUCUGUUGACAGCUGGGAUAGGCUCCGGCACUCCCCGCGAUCCUCGUGAGGAUAAGGGGUGAAGAAAAUGGAUGGGUGGAUUUAUAAAUAGGCAGGGCACGGUGGAUCAGCUUUAAAAGCGUUGGCCUCGCAGUUCUAAGGACCCGGGUUCAAUCCCGGACCUCACCUGUGUGGAGCUUGCAUGUUCUCCCUGUGCCCGCGUGGGUUUCCUUUAGGCACAUCCCCAAAACAGGCAAAAAUAAUUGGACACUCUAAAUUGCCCCUAGGUGUGAUUGUGAGUGCGACUGUUAUCAGUCUCGAUGUGCCCUGCGAUUGGCUGGCAACCAGUUCAGGGUGUACCCCGCCUCCUGUCCCUUGACAGCUGGGACAGGCUCCAGCAGUCCCCGCAACCCUCGUGAGGAUAAGCAGGGAAGAAAAUGGAUAGAUGUUAUUCUGCUCAUUUAAAACAAACUUUUGGUUUUGGGGGGAAGGCUGGAACGUAUUAAUGGCAUUUCCAUUUAUUUCAACGGAGAACGAUGAUUUGAGAUCGUGGAAUGGAUCACAUUCGUCGUAACGGGAAGAACGCGCGAUGCAGUUCUUGCGCCGGACAUCAUUCUAUUGCGGAAGCGGCCCUGAUUUUGAGUGCGUGUGUGCGUGCGUGCGCAAGUCACGGAGUCGGUGUCACGUGGCUCCGUGUCCCACCCCAGUGGCUCCCACCACCAUCCCUGUAGCGCCUUAGAGUCGGUGAGUUGCAGGCUGCCGGCAGGAGCAAGGCAGCCAGUAGUGGAGGAGGGAAGGUGAACAGAGGAACUCGGCUCUUUUUCUUCUUCUUCUUCUUCUUCUUCUUGUCAGUUUUCUUUUGAUUUCCCUCCUGAGACGUGUUUGUUUACUAUCUGAUUAAAACGAAAAAAAAUCUAUAAAACAAAAACCUUAAAGACAAAAAAAGACGAAAAAAUGUUGGCGGAGCCCCGUGGAUUGCGGCUCUCUCUUUCUCUCUAUUCUGUCCUGCUUAUGUUAUUACUUAACAAUUAUUAACAAUGAUGAUGAUGAUUAUUAUUAUGGUUAUUAUUGCUAUUAUUCUUAGUAUUCUUAUUCUUAUUAUUAAUCCAAUUACUGCGAUGAAUGACUUCAUGUUAUCCUUGCUAGUUUAGGUCAUUUCUGGAAAAACUGGAAAACAAAAUAGAAAAUCUUGCUGUAAAUGUUUGUUUUUUCUUUUUCAUAAAACUGUUGUGUUUGAAUUAUUUGUACUUUUGAAUGUUGGGACAAUAAAAUGA